CACCCCCAUAGAGGGCGAGCUUUCAGGCACGUAACUUUGCAGAAAGAAGAUAAUGGCCUUUUUAUAACAAUCUGGACUCACUGGGUGACAUAAACUGGAAUUAUUUCACAAGAAACAUUUACAACGAGGAAAAUAAACAACUAAAUAAUGUCCAAAAUAUAGGAGCUAAACCCUGCUGGAGUAGCCUGAUGGCGCAAUUAUCCAAAUGACUCAGUUUCAGCAGGAAAUGAGACUAUAGUUGCGAGUAAUUCUGUUAAUUUUCCUUUGACACAUGCCUGACAUUAGGAAAAGCCACACUGUCAAUCUGUGAUUCAUUCGGUAUCGGUCCUGUCCCUCCGCCAGCAGGACGGCAGGGGCCACUUCAUUCUAGGAAUCGCCGCUUCGGACCGUAAAGAGAACAACUCCUGCCUCUUGCGCGCAGCUCGAUGUCCUGGACCCGGUCCUAAAAUACUUCAGAUCAACAGACAGUAGCCUACCUCUACCUCUGUGGGGACAUAAAACAUGCGACACCUAAGUCGGGGUGUCUCAGUAGGUGCCCACAAACUCAAACAGGGAGCUCCCUCGACGUGUUCAAGCUGUUUCUCCGCUGAGCGCACACUCUCCCAGAAACCGUGAACAUGCCUUCGGGUCUGUCUUCCUCUAAAGCCCUCUACAUCGGGAUGGAGGUGGUGAUCGCCGUGUCCUCGGUCAUCGGUAACGUGAUGGUGGUCUGGGCUGUGCGUAUUAACCGCUCUCUGAGAGAUACAACGUUCUGUUUCAUCGUCUCCCUGGCCUUGGCUGACAUUGCGGUCGGCGCUCUUGUCAUCCCCCUCGCCAUAACCAUCAGCAUCGGACUCCAGACGCACUUCUACAGCUGCCUGCUGGUCGCCUGCACAGUGCUCGUCCUCACUCAAAGUUCAAUCCUGGCGCUCCUGGCCAUCGCCAUCGACCGCUAUCUGAGAGUGAAAAUACCCAUGAGCUACAAGCGGGUGGUGACUCCUCAGCGAGCUGGCACGGCAGUAUUAUUGUGUUGGCUGGUGUCCAUCAUCGUGGGCCUCACGCCCAUGUUGGGCUGGAAUAACCUUCAGUUUCUCCGUGACAAUGGUUCCCUGGUCACUGAUGACCUCUUGGUUACCUGUGCGUUUGAGACAGUCAUCAGCAUGGACUACAUGGUCUACUUCAACUUCUUUGGCUGGGUGCUACCCCCUCUGCUCCUCAUGCUCGCCAUCUAUGUUGAAAUUUUCUACAUGAUCCAUAAGCAGCUCAACAAGAAGGUGACAGCUAGCCACACAGACCCCAGCCGUUACUUUGGCAAAGAGCUCAAGCUAGCCAAGUCGCUGGCCCUUGUUCUUUUCCUCUUUGCAGUCAGCUGGCUCCCUCUUCACAUCCUGAACUGCAUCACCCUCUUUUGCCCUGCCUGUGAAAAGCCGAUGUUCCUUGUUUACAUCGCCAUCAUCCUUACCCAUGGCAACUCGGCCGUCAACCCCAUUGUGUACGCUUUCCGUAUUAAGAAAUUCCGCACGGCAUUCCGUAAAAUCUGGAAACAGUACAUGCUUUGUCAGGAUCCAGUGGGUCGGCUUCCUCAAAGAGGGAGCCAGAGAGGACAAAGUCAUGAGAGAAGGCUAAGGCAGAAUGAUGAUGAUGAUGAUGAUGUGUGACUUUUGGCAACUAAUUGGAUUACUGUGUAACUGUUAAGUUUCACUCCACUGGUUCACAGAAUGGACAAGACUCUGGCUUUAUGUUCAUGCUCGAGGGAUUACUGGUCAGAACGGCCUUAAUGGCAUUGAAGCAUGUCAGAGGGAUGAAAGAGAUCAGGGAACUCGAUCGUGGACCGUCCAGCACACUCUAAGGAGGGCAGAAUGACCAAUAAGCAUGGAGACAUUAUAAAUCAGACUUUGAUUUAAAUAAGACUGAUUGUUUAUUUUUCCAAUGGCUGACAAAAUGAAGAUGAUGCCAUAUGAGAUAAGGGGCUUCUCAUCAAUUUUCAACACCAACCUGUUGAACUUGAAUAACUAAGUGUAUAUCUGUAGCACAUUCGGUACAAGAGUAGUGUAUGCUGUAUUGUAUUUUCUGAAUUAAAACUCACGGCCUUUUUUUAAUGUGAAUAAUCUCAAAUAUUUAAGCAUUGUAUUAUGUGCCUCAUUUACAUGCUUAGUUAUGUGGCCUUAAGAACAGGACAUGUAAUGAUAGGAACUAAGUGCAUUGUGUUAAUAGUGUGAAUCUGGUAAACCAGUGGUGGGCAAGCAGGAAGUUUGUGCAACCGGCUGGGUGCUCUGAGAUGGACACAGGAUGGACUGUAUGCUGGCUGCAUGGAUAAAAAAAUAUCCAAUUGACCCAUUUGGAAUUACAACACAGGAUCUUUGGUGCGAUUAACGUGUAGUCUGACUGCACUAAUGUCAGUUGCACAGUAACCCAUUAGACUGAUGACCCUUACAGAUGUGUAGUGCUAUCCAGCGCAUGUGAAGGUUAUGUUUUUUUUAAUGUUUUUGAGACCAUUUGACUGACAGAUACUAGCUAGUAGUUGUAGCAGCUGAAAACAGCAGUCAUGAUAAAAGAAAAAAAACUACUUAAUGCUUAACUACAUGGAAAAUGGUCAAAAACUGUGGAGCUACCUAUUAGUAACUAUAUAGCUGUAGCUAAAGGACUGUGAAUCUAAGGAAUGUUGGAGCUCCUCCGUCCAAUAAGCUUCAUUUUAACCCUGUAAUGUACCUCUACUGUACAUGUACCACCAGGCCCUUUCCACUACCAGCAGGUGUUUUCACCUUUUUACAUUCCCCCCCCCCAAUUCUUUGUGCCGAAGUAGGUAUACCAAUGUAGCAUUAUCACAUCCUCUCUGUCAUUUCCGUUACGGGCUGACAUAAAGUCAUAUAGUAUUGCCCUUAAAAAUGAGUUUUAGAAGAUAAUUUGAAUGAAUACAUGUUGAGAUGGGACUGCUGACAAUUAUAAUAUCUACUGUAUGUAACUAGAAGAUACUGUAUAAAAUUCCCCUCACUAAGCCAACACCUGUUUAUCUCUGACACGUCCUCUUACAGCUGUUGAUUGAGUAGGCAAAUUGGGAAAUCCUUCAAGCAUCUCAUUAGAUUUUUUUUAAUGACAAAUGGAGACAGGAAGGUAAGCAACAAAUGUACCAGCAUAUGGUGAGCCCUGAUUAAAAUUCCUAAUGCUAUACGUGCAUUAGCAAGGGGAAGCAUCAAAACCCACUCAGUGCUUUAUGACAGAAAUAGCAUCUCACUAUCUCCCCAUGCUUCUCUGUAUCAAGGCUAAAGCCAUCAGUGGUGAGGGGCCAUUUUUUGUGUGCGCAUUGAUCUUCCAUCUUAACAUCUGGAGGUUAUGAGGGUGUAGAAGUCCAGGGGUGAGGUAGGACAGGGUGGAAGGAUUAUUCUGUUUACAAGGGAACCAGAUUAAGUCUUUUUAUGAAAAAAGGUAGGCCAAAUUGCAACAGAAGCAAACUCAACUGAUUUUGUAUCCUCAAUAUGUCCUGAGUAAGGAAAAAAAGCCCAGAAGAAUCCCAUUAGGGGAAAGUUUCGAAAAAGACCCAAAUGUAGCCUAUUAAUACGUCUAUUCAUUCUUUUUCUCACGUGAAUAGGGUAAAAAUGUUAACCUUUAGAUAUCAGAGUU